AUGCGGAUGCGGGACGACAUCUUGAUGUGGAUUCGCUGUGAUCCACGGCCCACCAUGGCUUCUCACAUCCCACCACUCGACCUGGAUCUCUGGACUACGCUCGCGGCGGACGACCAAGCACUUGCGUUCUUCCAAGCACAAACUGGCCUCACCGACCGCGAGGAGAUUGAGAAGCACGUUCUGGGUGUUCAGGCUCGGGCUUAUGCGUCUUUUCCGUAUACGUGUAUCCGGGUAUUUAGCUUCCUACGACUGAAGAUAGCUCUUCUACCGGCAUAUUCUCGCGCUAUCAAGCUCCUCCUCGAACAACCUACCGCAUUGUUCCUCGAUGUUGGCUGUUUUUUCGGGACGGAUGCCCGCAAAGUCGUCGCAGACGGUGUCCCCGCUCACAAUGUCAUCGCAUGCGACUUGCGGCAAGAAUUCUGGGAGCUCGGGCAUGCCCUCUUCAAGUCAACUCGGGCGUCUUUCCCGGCAACAUUCCUCGCAGGAGAUAUUUUAAACUCAAAAUUUCUCGCCUCUGCCACUUCAGCCCCCACUCCACUCACGCUCGCUUCUCUCCGCUCCCUCACCGAACUCCAAGGGCACGUAUCCGUACUCCACAUCUCCUUCGUCUUCCACCUGUUCUCAGCCCUCGAUCAACUCGCGGUCAUUUCCGCUCUUGCCAAUCUCCUCUCCCCAUUACCCGGCACAAUCAUCUUCGGGGCCAUGAUCGCCACGCGCACCGCCGGCCUCGAGACAUUCUUUCGUGACGAAGCUGAGCGUGCGUCUGGUGACGGCCUCGAGCUGUACAUCCACUCGCCCGACUCAUGGAGCGAAAUCCUGGAGGGCUUGUUCCCGCAGGGAAGCGUCCGCAUCGAGACGCACUUCCGCGGACAAGGGGAGCUGCGGGCGGCAGAGGACUUUGUGCCAGUGGGCUUGCGCGGGGAGGAGGGGAUUAUGGAUUGGUCUUGCGAGCGGUUGUGA